AGGGCUCUUUCUGCAUAACAAUGAAUGGAGCAACACGGUGACAUCUGUCCAGCUGUGAACACAGCGAACGCAAUCGGAAAAUCUUGGCUCUGAUGUUGCUGAAACCUCCUCAGAUCUCCCUGAACGAGUGAGGAAACAAUCUGACACAAACAAAGUAGAAAGUAGAAAAUGAUGCAGUGAAAUCUGAGUGACAGUUGUGGAGUUUCAUGGUUCGACAUUUUGAUAGUUUUCUUGUAUAACGGAGGCAGUCUCUUUAUUUAUGCUGCAUUAAACUACCCCUGAGCAUGUAAGAGUGCCCAUCGCGAUUGGUCCGAUGACGCCGCCCCCCUCUGCCCUCGGGGCCAUCUUGCAUCUGGGAACAGAGGAUGACAUCAUCUCUGGCUUCAUGACAGACAUGGAGCUCGGAUCCGCUGUCAGUGCAGUGAGGAGUAACAGGGUGCUGGUUGGUGAUGAAAUCUGUCCUGCUGUCAUCGUAAUAAACGAUGGGAAGAUCCAUCAAAUACUCUCCCACGGGGACUUCUCUGGGGCCUGUGAGGUGCUGGAUGUGGGCGACAGCGUGGUGAUGCCAGGCAUUGUGGAUUGCCAUGUACACGUGAACGAGCCAGGCCGCACGUCCUGGGAGGGUUUCUGGACCGCCACCAGGGCCGCUGCCGCCGGAGGGGUGACAACGAUUGUGGACAUGCCGCUAAAUAGCAUCCCUCCGACCACCACCCUUGGCAAUUUUCGCGACAAGCUGCGGGAGGCGACAGGGAAGUGUUUUGUGGACACAGCCUUCUGGGGCGGUGUGAUUCCUGGCAAUCAGCUAGAACUUCAGCCCAUGAUCCAGGCGGGAGUGGCUGGCUUCAAGUGUUUCCUCAUCCAUAGCGGAGUGGAGGAGUUCCCCCACGUGACUGACAGUGAUCUGCACGCGGCCAUGAAGCAGCUUCAAGGCACGGGAAGCGUCCUGCUGUUUCAUGCAGAGACGGAGGUUCAGCACACACCAGAAGAGGAUGGAGACCCCACCCAGUACUCCACCUUCCUGCAGUCCAGGCCUGAUGUCAUGGAGACAGAGGCGAUUCGCACUGUCACAGAACUCUGCCUCCAGUACCAGGUGCGAUGCCAUAUAGUUCACUUGUCCUCUGCAAAGCCGCUCAAACUGAUCCAGGAAGCCCGGCAGGCUGGAGCACCUCUAACAGUGGAGACUACCCACCACUACCUCAGCCUGUGUGCAGAGGACAUACCUGCAGGGGCCACGCAAUUCAAGUGCUGCCCUCCCAUCAGAGGAUCUGUGAACCAGGAGCAGUUAUGGUCGGCACUGAAAACCGGGCAGAUCGACAUGGUGGUGUCUGAUCACUCCCCCUGCACCCCUGACCUCAAGAAACUGGAUAGCGGAGACUUCACCCAGGCGUGGGGGGGGAUUUCUUCUCUACAAUUUGGAUUGCCUCUGUUCUGGAGUUCAGCCAGUAAGAGAGGCUUUCAGCUGUCUGAUGUGGUGAGACUCCUCAGCCGGAGAACAGCCCAGCUGUGUCGCCUUGACGACCAGAAGGGCAGCCUCGCCCCUGGCUACGAUGCCGACCUGGUCGUAUGGGACCCAGAGAGAGAAUUUCAAAUUAAAGAGGCAAGCGUACAUCAUAAAAACAAGCUAACUCCAUACCUUGGCGUCACACUACAAGGAGUGGUGACUGCCACCAUCAUCAGGGGGCGGCUGGUGUACAGAGAAGGCUCCUUCUGCCCCGAGCCUCUGGGGAAGCAUCUCCUCCUCCCUCAGAGGAAAACUCAAGCCCAACUGUGA